AUGGCUAGCAAAAUCACCACAGUCUCAUCACCGGAAACCACCCAAACUCAGCCCCUCCAACUGCAUGACCGGGUUGCAAUCGUCACCGACGGCUCUCGCGGUAUCGGCAAAGCCAUCUCCCUCCACCUAGCAUCCCUUGGAGCAAAGCUCGUCGUCAAUUACACUUCUAAUUCCUCUAAAGUGGAUCUAGUCGUUUCGGAAAUUAAUUCCAAAUCUCAAUCUGAAUCCCCACAAGCUGUUUCUUUCAAAGCCGACGUAUCAGAUCCGAUUCAAGUAAAAGCCCUCUUUGAUGUAGCUGAAUCCGCCUUCGAUUCCCCACUAUAUAUCCUCGUCAACGCCGUCGGGGUUAUUGACUCCUCCUAUUCUUCGAUCCCCAACUCCUCCCUCGACGAAUUCGAUAGGACGUUUGCCGUGAACACGAGAGGCGCUUAUUUAUGUUGUAAGGAGGCGGCGAACAGGUUGAAGCAAGGCGGCGGAGGGAGGAUUAUCUGUCUGACGACAUCACUGGUGGUAUCUUUGAGACCGGGGUACGGCCCGUAUGCAGCGUCUAAAGCUACAGUAGAGGCUAUGGUGAAGAUUCUGGCGAAGGAACUGAAGGGAACGAGGAUCACGGCGAACUGUGUAGCUCUGGGGCCUAUCGCGACUGAUCUGUUUUUCGAAGGAAAAACUGAGGCGAUGGUGAAUAUGGUAAUUGAUCAGAACCCUUUGGGUAGACUGGGGUUGCCGGAGGAUGUUGCUCCGUUGGUUGGGUUCUUAACGAGUGACGCCGGUGAGUGGAUAAACGGUCAGAUCGUUCGUGUCAAUGGUGGAUUUGUGUGA